GGGAGUAUAUUAAAAGUCAUCUUCUUAUCUGCUCUGCCCAUUUUCCUUCUCUCUCUAUUUCUUUAUAUUUUUAAGGAUUAAAUGAAGUAGACAUGGAUUAGCUUAGCCCUAUUGUUGUUGGUCUGGUCCCAAAUCUUCCCUUUGUUAUCCAUAUUUCUGUGCUUAUAAAUCCUUAAUCUACGCCACCCCUUCACUCCUUGUUUUUAUCUUUCCCUUCUUUAAACCUCUAUAGAUGGAAGUGCUGAUGGGACCUACCUUCGCCAUCGACGUUGCCGCAUCGGCCGCGGCCUACACUAGAGACCGCUCUAAGGAUACGAUUCCCUCUCCUUGCUUGUUUAUCAAGGACGAUGAAGCUUGUCCCGGCUCGGAUCCCAGGUCUCCGGAUCUAUCCUCUGAUAGUUCCUCCUCGAUCGGCUCCCCCGGAGACAGCGACGUUGAAGAAGAAGACGACGGCGUCGUUUCAUCCGGGGAAAGUAAAGGCUUGUCUUUCGACUCCUUAGAGGACUCUCUUCCCAUCAAGAGAGGAUUAUCGAAUCACUACGUGGGAAAAUCAAAAUCAUUCGCAAAUCUAUCUGACAUAAACUCAGUGAAAGAGCUGCAAAAAGUGGAGAGCCCCUUCAACAAGAGGAGGAGAUUAUUGCUUGCAAAUAAAUGGUCAACGAGGUCCAGGAAAUCAUCUUUCUAUUCAUGGCAAAACCCCAAUUCCAUGCCUCUUCUUGCUUUGGUUGAAGACGAUGAAGAUACAGACAACAACAGCCACAAUAAACAAACACCAUCAUCAUCGCCGCCUUCAUUGUCCUCCUCCUCGUCGGAGUACGAAAAAAUAACAUCAACGAAACCUAAGUUGCAGCAAAGCAAUCUGAGGGCUAGUUUCAAGUCUCAAAGUUGUCUUUCUCUUACGGAUCUGCACGUACAAGUAGAUCAUCAAUAACCCAGUUUUUGUUUUCUUUUUCACCAUGAAAAAUGCAUUAGGAUUUAGAUUACUCGCCAAAAAAUUUUACCAUCAAAGUAUAUACGUAAAACUUUUAGAACUUUUUUUAUAUAAAUAAAAUCUUUUCACUGA